AUGCCUGACUACUUCUUUCAUAUCGCCAUUGAGCUUUUCACAGAUUCUAUUUCUCCCACGAAAGAAGACCGGCAAACGCGGCCGCCAUACCUCGGUCGAUUCUCCAAAGCAUUGAAGCCCUUUUCACACCACUCGCGUCAUCGCUCCAAAGAUCGGAGUUUGCACGUAAACAACAACUCAUCCACGCCUCACGCGCCGACUCAAGCAUCGCUGGGAUCCGGCACCGAGCCUCCAGACAUUCCACAUUCGCACCCGACAGACCACAGACUUGACAAGAUUUUUCUGCAGGGACAAGAUAUGUCACGUUCGGGAGGAAAGGAUCUAGUCCUUACAGAAGACAAUGGCAUCGGAAAAGGUAUUGGAAGUGCAAUCUCCGGACACCAUCUCAAAGGACGAUACCAGCCGUUAGAGGACCCCAACGACGCGGAAGGAUGGGGGAUCGUGCACCUGUACAGAGACAGCGAAGAGACGUCUGGCCUGUUUGCGGACUCUGCCUACAGAUCGAGUGACUUGUGGAGCGAUGGUCAGCGCCGCAAUCCGCCGUCCGGAAAGCCUCAUCCUCCGCCAAAGGACGAAGAAUGCACGAGUCUUUGUAUCCUGGCUGUGCCUUCGUACAUGACCCCCUCAGAUUUCCUUUCAUGGGUUGGGGAGGAUACCAGAAGUGAGGUGAGCCAUUUCAGAAUGGUCCGCACCGCGCGAGCCAACAGAUACAUGGUGUUGAUGAAGUUCCAACACGGAAAGAAAGCAAGAGAAUGGCAGCAUGAAUGGAACGGCAAGGUUUUCAAUAGUAUGGAGCCAGAGACCUGCCACGUUGUCUUUCUCAAGUCUGUCGAACUGUUGCAAACAUCAUCCAUGGAGCGCAGCAACGAUUUGGGCUCGCCAACUACAAGUUAUCCUCGCAUGUCCAACGAUCCCUUCAUCCCAGCUUCGACCACCUCUAAGCCUCUAGCCCCGCGGACACCAUCUCUGGUCGAAUUGCCUACUUGUCCUGUUUGCCUUGAACGGAUGGACGAGACGACGGGCUUGCUCACGAUCCCAUGCCAACACGUUUUCCACUGUACGUGCCUUGAGAAAUGGUCCGGUGGAGGCUGUCCAGUCUGCAGAUAUACGCAUGAUGACUUCUCGUCGCGUGUGGGGUCGUCCAAGUUCAAGAGUCUCAAGGGAAACGAAUAUGAGCCAAACGACGGCCCUCUCGAGUGCGAAGUUUGCCAUGUGGACACCAGUCUCUGGCAGUGUCUCAUCUGUGGCAAGGUUGGGUGUGGACGAUAUGAAGGCAAACACGCUUACGCACAUUUUGAAGACAGCGGGCACACAUUCAGCAUGGACCUGGAAAGCAAGAGAGUUUGGGACUAUGCAGGUGACGCCUACGUGCAUCGAAUUAUCCAAGAUGCAGCCAAGCCAGGCGAGAAGCUCGUUGAACUUCCAGGCAGAAGACGAGAGCCGACCGCACUGGAGGGACAAGAAGAUGUCGAGGUGGCCAAGAUGGACAAUAUCGCUUUGGAAUACACACAUCUGUUGACCAGUCAGCUGGAAAGUCAGCGUGUGUACUUCGAGGAAGUUGUAGAAAGAGCUGUCGAUAAAGCAUCGCAGGCGAAUAAAAAUGCCGAGCGUGCCCUGGAGGAAUGUCGAAGAGCGACGGACAAGUUACGCACCCUUGAAAACGAGCACGACGUCGUGGCUAAAGGCGUGGUUCCUGAGCUUGAGAGAGAGAAGAACCGCCUCGAAAAACGAUGUGUCAAGUUUGAAGAGAUGGCUCGAUCGUUCAACCAGAAAUACCAAGAGGAGAAAACUCUGACGGCGAACCUCAUGGAGAGGGUGAAAUAUCUCGAAGAGACACAGAUCGACCAUCUGAAACAAACCGUACAACGUCUGGAGGAGGACAAUGCCACCAAGGAUUUAUUAAUGGAGGGUCUAAGGGAGGAGCAUCGAGAUGCGAUGAUGCAAAUCUCGGCGCAGCAGAAGCUCCAAGAAAUGGUUGCAAAAGGAGAGUUGGAACAGGAGGAUCUCGACGGUGCUAUCAUCGAAGCUGGACCAGCAAAGAAGGUACCGCCGCGACGAGGCCGUCGAAUUGUCAAUGGUCAAAGUCGUAAUGUCAGUUCCUCAGCAGCUGCGCACUCGCCACAUCCGGCGUCUGGUCCACCGCCCUCUGUGGAACCUUCUAACGGGAUUCAUACUGCAUACAACGACAUCUUUGGAGAAAUAUCGGCAAGCAAGGAUUGGGAUGAGGCAAAAGCCAAGCAGAUUAUGGAAGAAUGCAAGUCCAGACUAGUUGGUGAAGGAUUACUGGUUCUCCCGUCCGCCACCGACGGCGAUGGCGAUGACUCUGACGUUGAAGGUGAGGCUGGGCAUGAGGACAGCGCAGAAGGGAAACCAAGGAGCGGAAAUGCAAACAAGAAGCGAAAGGGCAAGAAGAAGGCCAAGAAAUGA